GAUGGAAGUGAAUUUUUAUAAUUAACUUCAAAAAAAUAAAAAUCAAAAAAAGACUUAGCUUUAGAAGAGGAAAUAAUAUCAAAAAGUUAAAAAGAAUUAUAAAGAAAAGAAAAAUUAUAAAAAUAAUAAGAAGAACAAAAAAUAAAUGACUGUUGAUAAAAUAUUAAUUGAAAUAGGAAGAAAAUAAAAGUAGAGAUAAUAAUAAGAAGAUAAAAAAACAGAAGAUACUCAUAAAUAUAGAUCUCUACCACCAGAUGAUCUUAUAAUCAAAUAAUGAAGGUACAUUUAUCAUAAU